UCAGGUUGGCAUCAACUUGUUUACAAAAAUCUUAUGACUGUUCUCCGUCGACGACGGCUUUUUUCAUUAGCCUAAAGAAAAUAUGCAAUGAAAAAAUCGGACAUUCCUUGGAUUGAUCGGAUUCCUCUCCAGCACCAUUGGCCACUGGCCAAGAUCACGGAAGCUCGCGAUCAGUCCGAGGAAGAAUGCUGGAAGCGUGCGGCAAGAAGCGGCGUCCGGCCCUGCCGCUGUUGUCCGUGACGCCGGCGCCGUCGAAUGCGUCGUCCGCGAACUCUGUGCAGGAGCCGGCCGCGUUGAACGGCAGUGGACAGCGCAGCCGAGGCAGUUCGCUCGGCUCGAUCAAGAUGUUCCUGAGCCACUCGCCGACCACGUCGCUGCUGCACCUGCCGACCUUCGGCUCGCCCUCCGGCGACAGCAAUGGCUCCAGCAGGCGCUUCAGCUUCAGCCUGCGCCGCUUCUCGUCCCAGACCCUCGCCGCGCCUGACAACGUCAUGGCGGCCAUGGGUCACAGGACGCUGAUCAACCACAUUGUUGACGAUGACCUACGCGGCAUGCAGGACCUUCUCGAGUCCCGCAGGGUCAAUGUCGAUGACCGUGAUGAGAAUGGAACAACUGCUCUCCAAGUAGCAGCAUCACGGGGCAAAAUCGAAUUUGUGAACGAGCUACUCAAUUUCGGGGCAGAGGUGAAUGCCGAGGACCUCGACAACUGGUCAGCGUUGCUGUGUGCCGCCAAAGAGGGCCACACGGACGUGUGCAACCGAUUACUGGACGCGGGUGCAAGCAUCGAGCACAGAGACAUGGGAGGUUGGACAGCCCUUUUGUGGGCCAGUUACAAGGGACGCACUGAAACCGCGGCUCUUUUGCUGGCCCGAGGGGCAGACGUUCACGCUCAGGGCAACUACAACAUUUCAUCCCUGAUCUGGGCUGCUGGAAGGGGACACUCGGAAAUUAUUAGAGAACUGCUGGAGCAUGGGGCCAAAGCUGUCACAGCUGACAAGUGCGGGACAUCAGCUUUAGUAUGGGCAUGCAGAAACGGCAACCCCGAGUCUGUGACCCUUUUGCUGAAGGCUGGAGCUAAUGUAGACGCGAUUGGAAUGAACUCGUGGACUGCCCUGUUAGUGGCCACCGCUGGCGGACACUCUGAGGCCGUCACGCUGCUGUUAAAAGCCAAAGUGAACAUCAACCUGAAGGAUAAGGAUGGCUGCACCGCAUUGGCUGUCGCAUCCAAAGAGGGUUUUCAGGACAUUGUCGAUGCACUUUUGAGUGAAGGCGCUUACAUCAACGUUCAAGAUAGGGCUGGGGAUACCCCACUGAUUCAUGCUGUGAAAGGAGGUCAUCGCCCUGUUGUCGAGUCUUUGCUCAAAAAAUACGCCGACGCUGAUAUCCCUGGCAAGGACCACAAAACUGCUCUUUACUGGGCGGUUGAGAAAGGAAACGCUGCAAUUUUGAAGCUGCUGCUCUCGGUGAACCCUGAUUUGGAAGUGGCCACCAAGGACGGAGACACGGCCCUGCUGAAAGCUGUGCGAAACAGAAACACCGACAUCGUCCAGAUGCUACUCGACAAAAAGGCAAAAGUCACUGCAGCCGACAAGAAAGGCGACACCUGCUUGCACAUUGCCAUGCGCGCCAGAUCGAAAGCUAUUGUUGAAGUUUUGCUUAGGAAUCCAAAGCACAGUCAGCACUUGUAUAGGCCAAACAAGGCUGGUGAAACUCCCUACAAUCUGGACAUGAAGCACAGCAAAACGAUAUUGGGCCAAAUGUUUGGACAACGGCGUUUGAACUCCAGCAGUGAAAAUGAGAAAUUGCUGGGAUACGAUCUGUACGGAGCCGCUAUUGCAGACACACUUAGUGAGCCCUUCCUCACGAUGCCCAUCAUUGUGGGUUUGUUCGCCAAAUGGGGCAGUGGCAAGUCCUUUUUGUUGAACAAACUGAAAGAUGAAAUGAAAGGGUUCGCUAGACAGUGGUGGGUGGAACCAACAUUCUCCUUCACGUCCCUUCUCUUUAUCCUAUUAGUCCAUUUGUCUCUACUAUUGGCUGUAGCUUGCGGACUGGCCGCAAACUCUUGGAUUGUGGGCAGUUCAGUAGGUUUCGGAUUCCUUAUCGGUUGCUAUCUCAUCCUGCUUUUGAUCUGGACUGGAGCUCAAAGAUCCGACUGGAAUUGGCCUUACAAAGUCAGCUCUGCCCUGGCGUAUCGACUCACUCGCAUAGAACUGGUGCUCAGGGUUUUGUUCUGCCACCCCGCCUCGCAAAACCGAGAAAACACCAACGCCAGCCCCAUCAGAUUCUAUUUCAGCGACCAGUCCAAGUUGUCUGCCGCGGCAGGCAGAGAGGCAUCGCUUAUGAACUUGAUUGGCUCACUGUAUGACGCUUUGGAGAAGGAUUACGGCACUUGGGCGCCCAGACUAUAUCGUGCAUUUAGACCUGAGCCUAUGAGGUCCACCUGGCAGUGGAGAAGACUCUGCUGCUUGCCUUACUUUGUCAUUUGGCUCAUGCUGUACACCUGCGCUUUACUGCUCGCCUUGGGUAUCGGAUUUUGGCUGCGAGCCUCGUCAAGCAAAAACGAGAUUGAGACAUGGAGUAUUCAGGCUGCUGUGGUUACUCUAGGCCUAGUAUUAAGUGUCGCGAUCGUUGCUAACCUCUUCACUGUCGGUCGAGCAAUUCAGAGCCUAGUGCUAUCCCAAAAGCGUCAGCUGCAAAAUACCAUUUCUAACAGCAAAGGCGAAGGCUUCAUCCACCAACUGAGAGCUGAAGUGAACCUCAUGACUAACAUGGUUGAGUGUCUAGAUUCGUUUUCUGGUCAGCAAACCAGACUGGUUGCCGUGAUUGACGGUUUGGAUACAGCAGAGCAAGACAAAGUUUUACAAGUCCUGGAUGCCGUUGGUACCCUUUUCAACGAGGCGAAUGCGCCCUUCAUAGUACUCCUGGCCAUUGAUCCUCACAUCAUAGCUCGUGCCCUGGAAUCCAAUAGUCAAAGGGUUUUCUCAGAAGGGCCCAUCUCAGGCACCUCCUACAUGCGCAAUCUCGUUCAUUUGCCAUUCUAUCUGCAAAAUUCGGCCAUCAACCGCGCCAAGGUGGCCAUGCAGUGGUCCUCCCGCCGCCAAGACGACUCUGCAUUGCUUGUUUCCCGGAGAUUGUCUUCUGAGUCAACCGCAGGAGACCGCUUGAAGGCACCAAACAACGCAAGGAAAGGCUCAAGCAACACAAGGAGGCUGUGGUCCAGCGAAAGCGUCGCCAGCUCUCUGGCAUCUAAUUUGAACAGGGUUGGCAUCGGCAUGGAUGCCGGUUCCAAGGGGUUUAUGAUCACUGACGAUUACUUCUCAGAUGUCAACCCAAAGUCAUUAAGGAGACUGAUGAAUGUUAUGCACAUCACAGUUCGGUUGUUAAGGUCAUUCAAAGUGGAAGUGAGCUGGUACCAUGUUUCGAUUUGGAUUAAUCUGGUUGAGCAGUGGCCUUAUCGUUUGUCUUGGAUGAUACUGUACAUGGAAGCUUUUGAAGAGGCUCUCGACGAUAGCGCCUCUUUGAGAAGUGUCUAUGAGAAGGUCAAGGUUUAUGUACCACAAAGUAGAGAAGCAGAGCCUUUACUUGAGAUGGAUGCUGAUGAGAAAAAGCUGGAAAUCUUUCUGGCAAACCACCGGAGCAACCUGCUUGUCUGCCACAUGCGCCUCUACCUACCUUUCACCAUAAAUCUUGAUCCCUUUUUGAAACGAGUCAUCAAAGACGACAACGUGGGCAUCGAAGACAUCUUAGCAGCUCAGGUGCAGCAGGAUGGCGCGAGCGCUGCAGCCGCCAAGCCGCCAGCACUGCUGAGGAGACCGAGGACGUACGCGAGAGCAGCGCCGACACCGCCAAGUCAGGCGAUUGUCUAUCCACAGAUGCCUCAGAUGCCUCACCAGCCUGGUCCGAUCAUGAACUGGCCCAACCCUUGGGAGUCGCCUAUGAUAAUUCAGCCGAGACCACCGAUACCGAUGCCCAACAUCCAAGUCAACCCUGAGGAUACCAAGCUGUCGGGAAUGUCUGUGGAUGGAUUCUGCGACUUUUUGAACUCCGUUGACGAUCUGAGUCCGAGCACUGUGACCAAUCUCCAGAAAUCCCUCAAGGAAAACAACAUUGGAGGAAAGGUGUUAGCAAUGUGUGAUUUGAACGAGCUCAAAAAUGUUGUUCAUCUCAAUUUUGGAGAUUGGGAAAUAUUCAAGUGGUUAAUAUUGUCACUCCGCCAACAAGAGAUUGUAAAUCCUGUAGAAGAGAGAAACCUAGUACGAUUUGCUCCCGUUCAACGUUCGCUGAGUUCAAAACCAGGAAUGUCUGGCGACACCAAGGAGACAACAAAACCAAGCAGAAUUGAUACGCGGCAGAAGCAGUCAAUGCUUGAGAAACAAGUUUCAAUGGAGGAGCAAAUGAUUUCCAAGGCCCUACGCACUCUGAGUGAAGAGGCCUCUGAAGACGUGCUGGAAGAGCCUGGAACGCCGCUCUUGACAUCGACCAACUCGCCAGCACAGAUUGACACUCCUGGUAGUACGAGACGCCUGCUGCGGCCGUCAGAGAAGAACAAGCGGCCAGUCUCUCUCCUUGUGGCCGGCCCACAAGACGAAAACAUUCUCUUCCCUGAAGUAUCCACCCCUCCCGCUUCUCCUCGCCGCAUUUCUGCGCUUCGGCGUUCACUUGCCCCGUCAAUGACACCCGCCUCCAGCCUGGAGAAAAUCAAGGACCGAAUUUUCCGCUCCAGAGACAAUCACGAAGAACCGCACCUCAGUGCUGAUGAAAGCACCCCCUUGGUGUCCGAGGUUUCCUCUCCCGUCACCGUUCUUCCGGUCACAAUCACCUCACCUCCAUCUCUGUCGCCUGCCUCUUCUGCCGUGUCACUUUCUUCCCAAACCCCUGAACAAAUAGACUUGAAAAACAAGGAUGACAAUUUACCAGAGACACAAGUUUAAUUUACAGCAUAUGCUUGUUUUAGUUCCAUACUGCUUUAAAUUUUGCAUUAGAGCUCAUGUUCGAUCUCUUGUAAAUUUUAGCGCUUCUUAUUGUGAUGACUAUAGUGUGAUUCUUUUGCCAAAAUAUAUAUUUAUUUCUGCCUCCAGA